UAAAAACAAGCUGUCUUCCAUGUGGUGAUUUGAUCUCAGUUGUUGAAGGAUACCUUUGGUGGACAAUAUUUCUGCAAGAGACUCAACAACAGAGGCUGUAAUCCUCACUCGGCGUUACCCAUCCCAUAACUGAAAUUAGCCUCCAGCUCUUUCAGAGAUGCAGUGCGACGAGCUCUCAGCCAGAGAGGAGUUUACUUACAGCCACAUGCCCACUCUGGAGAGGGGCAGUGGGACGCUGGGACGACGGGGCGACAGAGGAACGGAGAGAAGGCCAGACAGGGGGGAGCGGUAUAGGCCAGAGCGGGACAGCUACACAGUGGACGUGAGGGCCAGUGACCUGCAGCUGGCCCAGCCGGAGCCUCUAAAGCACCCCUGCUUCAGCUACAGGGCCUGGCUCUACAGCGUCCUCAUAGGGGGCAGUCUGCUCAUCACAUCUGGUUUCUCUCUGUACCUGGGAAAUGUGUUUCCUGUUGCCAUGGACUACCUACGCUGUGCUGCUGGCUCUGGCCUCCCGGCAGCGAUUGCUAGUUUUGCCAUUGCAAAGAACAGACAUGUUGCAGUGUCAGAUUUCCAGGUGGUCUAUGUGUCAACAUUUGCUGUGACGACAACCUGCCUGGUUUGGUUUGGAUGUAAACUGGUCCUGAACCCUUCUGCUGUCAAUAUCAACUUUAACCUCAUUCUGAUGAUUUUGCUGGAGGUGUUGAUGGCCAGUACUGUCAUCCUGUCAGCCCGCUCUGCAGAAGACUGCUGCUGCCACAAGAAGCCGGUGACAUAUGACAGAUCUGGGCUUCUAAAGCCUGCUGUGUUCCCCACUCGACUCCUGAAAGCAUACUCUGUGAUCGAAGUAAUUGUGGGAAUUUCUGCUGUCUUCGGAGGAAUUAUUGCACUCAACAUGGAUGCUUUGCUGCCUGGCCCGUACUUGUCCGUCACAUUUUUCUGGAUUCUUGUGGCAUGUUUUCCGAGUGCUAUUGCCAGUCAUGUCGUGUCAGAAUACCCCAACAAAUGUCUGGUGGAGGUGCUGAUUGCCAUCAGCAGCGUGACGUCUCCCCUGCUCUUUUCAGCCUCCGGCUUCCUCUCUUGCAGUGUGAUCAGCUUUAUUGAAAUUUUCCUGCAUGAUGUGCCUACAGCCAAGCAAUCCUAUGACAUCCUGCUGCUGAUUCUGAUGGUGCUUCUGCUGGUGCAAGCAGUUCUAACUUCAGCCACUGUGGUGCACUGUGCCUCCUACAAGAGUCAGCUCCGCAUGGGGGCUCUGGAGUGCGAUGACAACAUGCACACAACAAACCAUUCCUGUGAGCAGCUGACAGCCAAUGGGACGCUGCAGGAUUUUGACAAAGACAGAGCCUGGAAGGCAGUUGUAGUCCAAAUGGCCCAGUGAAGAGUUCUACAUACACAGAUGAGUUUGAUAAGAGGUGGGAAAAGGAUAAAUAAGCUGUAAUCACAAGAGAACAAUCCUGAAACAGAACAUAAAGGAAGAAAGCAGUAAGCAUGCAUUCAGAGAUAGAUCGAGAGGAAAAAGGAAAUCAAGAAAGAAAGGUAGAGAAAAAUCAGAGGGAGAGUGCAAGGCAGAUGUGAUUUUUUUAAACUUUGAGUAAGAUAUUUGCAAAGAUAAUGCUUUGAGCAUUUUGCUUUUGAUGUCUGUUUUCUGGGUUUUUUAUAUAAUUGUUGCCUGCUUACUGGAGUGAGCAUUAUUUGAUCUGGGAUUUUGAUAAGUAUUUCUGCGUUGACACCAGAUAUAUAAAAUGAACAAUCAUGUGAGACAAUGUUUGGUAGCAUAAAAAUUUUGCGAGCAAUUGGGCCUAAACACAAAGUUUUAUGAUGUUUCAAAAUAUUUAACUUUAUACAGUAGAUGCAUACAAUUCAAUUUAUUCUGGCCUUUUUUUCAGCUUCAUUGUUGAGGUUGUACUUUAGGAUGAAUGGGAUGUCAAUAUGUGUAAAAAAACAAAACAAAAAAAAAACAUCCAUAUAAUCACGGGUUAUCAUGUUUUAUUUUUUAUCCCUAAGAGAAUUAUCUAAAAUGAGAAAUCUAUGCAUUUUUGAUACUUUCGCCACACAGCUUGUUGCAGCUUAGCUUAUCUAUCACCUAGCACUGACUCAGUUUAUUCUAAGGUGACAUUUUGACUCAGCCACAUUCAUAGAAGAGCUUUCUGUAGAUCUUAAGUUGCAGGCUUUACUCUGCACUGAUAUUCUUUUCAAAUAGUGAACACUGACUUAUCUUAGCACUAUGUGAUGUACGUUUUGUUCAGUACUUGACUUUUUUGUGUACUCUUGUGUACAGUGGUGUGGUCGUAGUUGCAACAUUUUAUUACAAGAGAACUG